AUGGACCGACGGAAACGUGCUACUAUUGGUGAAGCAGCAAUGCCAAAACUUCCGGUGGUGGAGAAGGUGUUGUCCAAGCGCUUAAUUGAUGGACAAGUUCACUUCUUGAUUAAAUGGGAGGGUGAAUCCAUUGAAAACUCAACGUGGGAACCCGAAGUAAAUUUGUCGUGCAGUCACUUGAUUGCCGAGUUUGAACGAGAGCGACGAAACAAACAAAUCCAAAAAGUUGAGGAAGAAGACGAGGAUAAAGUUGUGGAUCGGAUAGUCGGAAUGUGCGAACAAAAUGGAGAGCGUUAUUUUUUGGUCAAAUACACAAAUGACAUGGCUCAACUGAUGCCAGCCAAAAUUGCCAACAAACAGCAUAUCGAAGCCGUUCUACGUUUUUAUGAGGAAAACCUUCAAUUUGCAUCC